AUGACCACCAAGUCGCUCCCCACUUCCAUGCAGGCCAUCAUCGUCAACGGCACUACGGCGGCUCUGAAGUCCUCAUGGCCGAUUCCGGCUCUGCGUGACGACUAUAUUCUGGUCGAGGUCCAUUCCAUCGCACUGAACCCCACCGAUUGGAAACAUGUCGCGUACGAGCUGGCCGGUCCAGACAGCAUGCUCGGUUGCGACUACGCCGGCACCGUGGUGGAAGUUGGUUCCAAAGUGACCAAGCUAUUCUCGCCGGGUGAUCGCAUCUGCGGCUGUGCGCACGGAGCCAACUUUGACCAACCAUCGGAUGGCGUCUUUGCGCAGUAUGCCGUGGUCAAAGGUGACGUGCAGAUGAAAAUUCCCCAUUCUCUGACCUUUGAACAAGCCGCAACUCUGCCGCUCGGCAUCGUCACCGUCGGACAGGGACUCUACCAGAAAUCGUUGAAGCUCGACCUCCCGAACCCCGGUGGCCCGAAAAAAGAUGAAUGGGUUCUCAUUUACGGCGGUUCUUCCGCAACCGGUUCUCUCGGUGUCCAAUUCGCGAAACUGUCGGGCUACAAGGUCAUCUCCACGGCUUCUCGGAAAUCCCGGGCCUUUGUCGAGGCCUUGGGCGCCGACAAGGUCUUUGACUACAACGAGGCAAACUGCGGUCAGGAGAUCAAUAAGUUCACCAACGACGGGCUGCGGCUUUGUUGGGACACGAUAUCGGUGCAGAGUUCGGUCGAGAUCUGCAGCCAGGCUCUCUCGUCUUCAUCUUUCGACGACCAAAAGUGCGAAUUGGGCAUCCUCCAACUCGGCGUCAAGCCGCCACGAGAAGAUCUUGACGUGACGCGUACGUUGAUGUACACCGUCUUUGGAGAGACCUUCCACCACAGAGGUGGUGUUGAGUAUCCAGGGUCGUCCGAAGAUUUUAUCUUUGGGAGGAAAUUUGUGGAGCUCGCGGAGCAGCUCUUGGUGGAGGGCCUUCUGAAGCCGCAUCCACAGAAAUUAGGGGAAAGCGGACUGGAAGGUGCCCUGCAGGGUCUGCAAGACUUGAAGGAUGGCAAAGUCAGUAGCCACAAACCGGUCUACAGAGUUGCAGACACGCCCACGGGCUCCGAUCUGCAAGUGAAGCUGUGAGAGUGUAUAACAUGGCCGACCGCAAAGCUAGGGCUCACUAGGCCGCCCUCAGCCCGCCGGUGGCCUCUCGUCCGGAUGGUAUUGGACCAAUUCAUCCAGCGCGCGUGGAGUCAUAGCAACAGAAGAUGAAGGAAAUCAACAGCGAGAUGACAGUAAAGUUCAUCAUCGCGGGAGGUCCGGAUUCGAUGCCAU